AUGGGAAAAACGCAAAUAUGGGAAGAACGCAAAUAUGGGAAAAACGCAAGUAUGGGAAAAACGCAAGUAUGGGAAAAACGCAAAUAUGGGAAAAACGCAAAUAUGGGAAAAACGCAAGUAUGGGAAAAACGCAAGUAUGGGAAAAACGCAAGAAUGGGAAAAGCGCAAGUAUGGGAAAAACGCAAGUAUGGGAAAAACGCAAGUAUGGGAACAACGAAAAUAUGGGAACAACGAAAAUAUGGGAACAAUGAAAAUAUGGGAACAACGAAAAUACGGGAAAACGAAAAUACGGGAACAACGCAAAUACGGGAAAAACGCAAAUACGGGAAAAACGCAAAUACGGGAAAAACGCAAAUAUGGGAAAAACGCAAAUAUGCGAAAAACACAAAUAUGCGAAAAACGCAAUUAUGCGAAAAACGCAAUUAUGGGAAAAACGCAAUUAUGGGAAAAACGCAAUUAUGGGAAAAACGCAAAUAUGGGACAAACGCAAAUAUGGGAAAAACGCAAAUAUGGGAAAAACGCAAUUAUGGCAAAAACGCAAUUAUGGGAAAAACGCAAUUAUGGGAAAAACGCAAUAUUGGGAAAAACGCAAUUAUGGGAAAAACGCAAUUAUGGGAAAAACGCAAUUAUGGGAAAACGCAAUUAUGGGAAAAACGCAAUUAUGGGAAAAACGCAAUUAUGGGAAAAACGCAAUUAUGGGAAAAACGCAAUUAUGGAAAAAACGCAAUUAUAGAAAAAACGCAAAUAUGGGAAAAACGCAAAUAUGGGAAAAAUGCAAAUGAAAUAUGGGAAAAACGCAAGUAUGGGAAAAGUGCAAGUAUGGGAAAAGCGUAA